AUGAAACUGCUAUCAGAAAGUAUGCAGAUUCUAUCGGGACAUGGCUGCUUUGGGAGAUAUCUGCACAAGAUUGCUGGCAGAGAGCCAACAGAGGAAUGCCAUGAAUGCGGUGCAGCGGUUGAUACUGCCCAACACACACUAGAAGACUGUCCAGUGUGGGGCCCAGAGCGUGCUGACCUAAUUGCUAUAGUGGGGCCAGACCUGUCGCUGCCAGCGGUGGUUAAGUCCAUGGUUGACAGUGAAAGAUCUUGGCAAGCGAUGCAAAUCUUCUGCGAAGAGGUCAUGCAGCAGAAGGAAAUGGCGGAACGCGCUAGGGAGAUCGCCCCAAUGGCCGAUCAACGGCGCCGCAAGCGUGCUCGACGCAGACGGGUCGCACACGACCGCCGCCUGCCUCCGUAG